AUGCUUUUUAUUUUCGUCCUCUUCCUCGCUUCAUUGGCUAAAAGCUCUUCUGUUAAAAGAGAUACAACGGACGGGGAUACGCUUGAUCUCGUAUUGCUGGAGGAAAACGGGUUCUCAGAGGAAGGGUCUGGAUACAACGAGGAAAAACAGCUGAAAACAAUUUUUUGGAAGAAAGGAGAGAUGGAAUCAACAACGACUGCGUUUGAGGUCUCAAACAGCAGCAAUACCACCAACUUAACAACGACAGCCAAAACAACAACAACGACAACUUCCAUCGAAACAACAACCGAGCCGUCAAUACCCUGGAUCCUCGAAGAAAGCUGCAUGGUUGCGGGAGAUAGCUUGCACAAAGUCAUGAUUGCUAAUCCAGAAGAGUGCGAUCGAUUCGUCUGGUGCUGGAAAGGGCGAGCGUACGAGAUUCAAUGCAAAAAUGGAUUUAAAUUCGACAAAGAAACGAAAAAAUGCUCGACUGAAAUCACCUGCUAA